AGGGAGUUGCUGUAAAGAUAAGAGCCUGAGUUUCCUGCAUUUGCUGGUCUUCAGGGAGUGAGGGGGAAAUAUUAGCCAACACCCUGAAGGAAGGCACACUAAGAUUCUCUCAUUCUGUGAUUUAGCCUUCCAAGGAGAGCACUACAUUACCCGAAAGACAAAGGGAGCAGUUGCUGAGGAAAAUGCCAGGGCGAAAGAUAUUCAUGACUAUACUUUUUGCUGCACUCACUCACAAGGUGACUUCUCAGGAGAAGAAAAUGGACAUGGCUCCGAAUGCUGUAGAUGACCAGUAUAUUGAGUGUCGGGAUGAGAUGCUGAAAAAGGUUCAGGGUGUGUUGGAGAAAGAACAAAAAGACAGUCCAGAGGAUUAUAAUACUUGGGCAGAAUCCCAAAAGUGUACCCAAACAAUCCCAGGAGGUGUCAAGGAACAUACAGCUGCACUUGUGUUUUAUGGAAAUAAAGGUCACCGCUUUGAAAAGAAAUUCAACAAUGCAGUAGCAACCCUGGGAGCAAAUUUUAGUGUCUAUGAAAGCUUUCAGUUCAAAUCCCUCCAUUUCUUGCUGAUGGAUGCCAUGCGGCUUUUGAAGACAGGCAAGUGCAAGACUGUUUUUCAUGGCUCAGAGCAAAAGUACACAGCCCAAGUGGGGUCAGAAGUUAGAUUUGGAACGUUUACCUCAGCCUCUGACCAAAUGACUGCCGAAAAGGAAAAAGCAAUAUCAGAGAGUGGGACACUUUUCAACAUUACUUCAUGCACUGCAGUCAAUAUUGAAAAGUAUGCUUGCAUUCCGGAAUGGAUUGAAAUGCUGGUAUCCCCAGCGGAGGUCUUCAAGGUGGUGGAAGUGAAAGUAUCAGGCAGAGUCAAUGAAAAACACACAGAGAUUGUUUUGACAAGUUCAAGGAAUGUCAGCAACCACGACUGCUUCCUCUUCCCCAGGUCUCCUACAACUAGUUACCCUCCAACAACUGCCCCCACAGGCGCAUCUACUCAACAGUUCAGUAGCAGCAUCUAUAGACUUGUGACUGUUUCUCUUGUUAUCUCUCUGUUCACCAGGACAUCUCUGACAAAGUGAAGUUUGAUAGCUUCUUCUUACCUUCUUAAGAGAACAAAAAACAACUUUUCUGUAACAAUAUUAAUGCGCACAGACACGUUCUAUGGAAUGCAAUGACAGUUACUAAUAGGAGAUUAAAUGGGUCUUAGAGCUACAAUAAACACAAUUGUUGACUCUGGAUACAGUCCGUCCUGCAUUUACAGACCAGCUGGUCAUCUGAACAUUAAUGUGAACCAAAAAGGUCAUGUAUUUUUAUAAUCUACAUCCAACACAGCCAGAAGAUGAUUGGCCAUUCCUCAAAUUCUGGUUCCCCUCUACUUUCAGCAGAGGUUUUGACCCUACUAGGGAGUUUUUCCUAGCCACUGUGUAUAACUCUUGUUGGUUGUUGCUCUUUGGGGUUUUAGGAUAGGUAUCUUGAAAGCACUUUGUGACAACUGCUGAGGUAAAAAGGGCUUUAUGAAAUAAAUGUGAUUG